CCACACACAAAGCUGUAAACCGUGAAGCAAGUCAGGGCUAGGCUCAGUUUACUUUACAACUAAAUUUUUCCAAAUUUUCCUGCACAUCCCAAAAACACGGAGUUUUCCAAAUUGUACGUACAAAAAAGGUUCUUCCAAAUACGACGCGCGUUAUUCCGUUGAGCUUAAACCCGCGACGCUGCUGUCAUUUGCACUGUCAAGCAGAAAGUAGCAGAAACGGACUGGUGCUUGGAAGAAAAACAGUGAAAAAUAUCUGUGUUCGCGCAACAAAAAAGAACAUUGAAAACAUUAUCCAACACGACGACGAAAAGGCGUACGCUUUCUACAUCGGUACCUGGUGCACCGUGGUGCAGCAGCAGCAGCAGCAGUCGGACCCGUUCGCAAGCGCGCACAUUAUAAAUAGUUUUACCCCAGCCCAGCUGCAUUCGUGUGCCCAUCGGAAUCUGCCCGCGUACAAAAUGGCCCGUUCGAUAAGUCCUGGAGGUUACUCGAACUACGAGGACGAUUCCAUGUUUCAGAAUGCCGCCUUCACGCACGACAUCAGCGAACAGAUGCGGGUACCGAAGCGGAUCCGUGCCACCGGAGAUUACUACGACGAUCAGGAUCUGCUGCCGAACGGGAAUGGGGAGAUAAAUUCCUGGAACUAUCACAACAAGAUCGAUAUGACCGUCCCGGAUCGUAUCGUGGUGCUGGGGCAGGAUCAACAUUUGGUUCUCACAUCAGGCACCAAAUCGGCACCCCGUGAAAUAAUGCUGGAGAACUCCAUUCUGCCCAAGGAUCCGGGGUUCGUGCGCGUUUCGACGCCGCCGCGUGUCAUUACGCUUUCCGAGCAUCAUUUCCCAUCGGCUUCGGACGAACCGGAAGAGAACGCCAAAGACAACAACCAGGAGGAUAACUAUGGACCGGCCUCGCUGGAAUCGAUCGAGGAUCCGAACAGCAGCAAUGCGUACUUUUCCCGACCUUCCCUAGCACACGGCCGAGAUCCCGUUAAACGGUCUGCAUUUUCGAAAUACAACAACGAGCUCACACUGACCCGGAGCAUGCGUGAGGAAACACCGACCUUCGGUGGUAGCGUCGAGAACCUGACGCCAUCGGAGGAACUGACACACCUAAGACGCCAGGUGGCAAAAAUAAAUCGUCGCCUGCUAGCGGUUGAGAUUGAUUCCGUACAAAGACAGCAGAGGGAAAAAAUUAUCUACUGCGUAGGCAUGGCCUACUUCCUGUUCAAGACCUUUAUGUGGCUCAGCAGGAAGUAAAUGGAAGCUGCCGUAACCGAAACAACUGUACGGUGGCCAUUCGUAUUUGUGCCACCAGCAAACAUAAUGGUGAGUGCAUAAUUUAACGACUCCAGCUAUUGGAGCUCAAACAGGCACAAGCAUUAAAAACAUUCAACAAAAACGUACGUUGGCCAUCACCUGGGUGCACAGAAAGGAGGCUGCGGUGCGGGUACGGAAAAAGGGGGCUUCUUGCAUGGUUCUGGGAGGGAUGCGGAUUCUUUUGUGUGAAUAUAGGACAAGUGGUGGUUUGUCAAAGUAUUGGCGUUUAAAAACGGGAAUUACAAAACGAUCGUUCAUGAAAUUGUGGUGCACAGCGAGGCAGUCCUUUCUACACUACCGCAUGAGGCAGGAGCAUAAGUAUUUCCACAGCAAAACAAUUGAGUGCUAGUUGAUUAGAUUUCCCAUUUUUACGUUCUCUGGGAGGAGAUGGAGAGAGAAGAGAAGUAAUUUUUUCAUAUGAAUUUUUAUGCUUUCCUCACCUCGGGUGGUGGUGACACCCUCUGGACGAGAAUGGUUCUUCUUGUAUCGAUGAUAUUUGCGUUCUUUUUAAGUUAUUGCACGAAACUGAAACGCUCGUGUGUGUAUAGGAUUUACAAAACUCAUGAUGUAGCAUGCAAAUUUGCAGAAAAUAUAUAAUUAUCGUUACGAAAUACAUUAAA